UUGCCUAUCGACUAGUGGGUGAAAAUUGUGCUGCACAAAAAUUCAAUUUACAAUUCUAAAUUGGAUCACCUUCAUUGCAGUUUUAGCAAUCAAAAGUUUUGUGAUAGUGUUAUUGUUUAGAGAAAAUUCGACAUGGUAAUCGUCACUCCUACUUGCUGCGUACGCUAAAGUAAAGCUUACAUCUUACAUCAAUUAUAAAUUCCAAUUAAACUAGCUAGUGUUUGAACCGUGGAUACUAACAUACAAAUCGAUCAUGUAAUGUUCUACUAACUAGUAAAGCAAAACCUCACAGUUGCUGUAAUUAAAUUUAGCAAACAGAUAACGGUGCAUAGUUAACACCUUCUGCCAUCAUGUCGAUGCUACGGUGCUGUUUUGAGCCAGUGGAGAUGCCAGAAUUUCUGGAUUCGUUCGUGAAAAAGUGCACUGAAGGAUGUUGCUGCGGCUGCUGUUCGGCCCUGAGGCCCCGCUACAAGCGCCUUGUGGAUAAUAUUUUCCCCGUCAACCCGGAAGAUGGUCUGGUCAAAUCGAACAUGGAAAAACUUACCUUCUACUCGCUUCGGUCGCCGGAGAAGUUGGACCGAAUCGGAGAGUAUCUGUACCAGCGGGCGUCCAAGGACAUCAACCGGAAGCGCUACAAAUUUGUAGAGAUUGCAAUGGAAGCGAUGGAUUUGCUGCUAAUGGCUUGCCACGCACAGAUACUGAAUCUGUUUGUGGAAAGUUUCCUUCGAAUGGUUCAAAAGUUAAUGGAGGAUGUUAACCCGACGCUGCAGAUUAUGGCGACCAAUUCGUUUGUGCGGUUUGCCAAUAUUGAGGAAGAUACGCCUUCCUACCAUCGCAGAUAUGAUUUCUUCAUUUCCAAGUUCAGUUCAAUGUGUUUUGGAAACAACGAUGAUCUGGAGCUGCGAGAUAAUAUCCGGAUGGCAGGGAUUAAGGGUCUGCAGGGUGUUAUCCGGAAGACAGUUUCGGAUGAUUUAGUGGAGAACAUUUGGGAGAAACAGCACAUGGAAAAGAUUGUUCCCUCUUUGCUGUACAAUAUGCAAUCGUCUAGUGAAAGUAAGGUUGUGGACCAGGAAGCGACUCCAUCAACACCUCCAGUGCUGGCUGAGGCCGUUUUGCGGGAGUUAGUUUCACGAGCAUCCUUUGGACAUAUCCGUGCAGUGCUGAAGCCGCUGUUGACACAUUUGGAUAAUCAUAAGCUGUGGGUGCCGAAUCGGUUUGCGAUCGACACUUUCCGAAUUGUAAUGAUCUCGAUUCAACCGCAGUAUUCUUACACCGUCGUGGAAACCUUAAUGUCCCACCUGGACCAAAAUCUAGCUUCAUCUCCAAAAACUCGCACUUCACUGGCGGUUGUCCUUUCCAAGAUUAUUGCGAUCGCAGCCGGGGAAAGCGUUGGUCCCUCCGCCCUUGAUAUUAUCAACAAUCUCCUGACGCAUUUGAAAACAUCGGUCAGCACGCAGCAUGAAUCCACUCCAGAAGAAACUCAGUACCAGGAAGCAUUGAUUAACGCGCUCGGAGAAUUCGCAAAUCAUCACCCGGACUACCAGAAAAUCGAAAUAAUGCUUUUCAUUAUGAACACGGUUCCGGAUCCGUCAAAGAAAAGCAAAGGUGAUAUUCUGCUUCAGAAUAUUUUACUGAAGUCACUUCUCAAAGUAGGAACCCAAUAUCGAACCGUUUCGUUCGAAAAGGCUUUCCCCGUUUCGUUCCUCCAGCCACUACUAAAAAUGGCCAGGGCUUCCUCUGUCGCAAUUCGCGUUAUCGUUAUGCAGAUCCUACAGCAAUUGCUGGAUCGGCACCAGAAUCAGCACCUGAUGAACGUGAUCAGCAUCAACAACUACCCAACGCUGACGAUGGAGCAACCAUCCCGUUCGGAUAUCCUGUUCACGCACAAGUACGGCUCCAACAUGCUGCAGGCCAUCAUCGACGGUAUGUCGCAGGAGAACAACAUGGAAGUGCUGAAGUCUUCCUACAACACCGCCGGGUUGAUGGUCGUGGAGAUGGCAUCCGCUGAAACGAUGCAGGAAUUUUUGCUGUUUGUUCUAGGAGUUCAGCAGGUAGCCAUCACCGAAGCAGAGCUAUCCCCGAAACAUCGCUGCAAUUUGCACAGCAUGGCAAUUGCACUUCUUAUCCUGGUUGCUCGUUGCACAGGAACCGUUUCCAUUGUGGAGUACGCGGAAAAGCUGAUCCAAGCCCGAAUGGAGGAAGCAAUGUAUAUGCUACCACCGUUGCUGGACAAUGACAAACCAGCUCCCAGCACGCUGAAUACGAAUCUUCCCCAUUUGAUGAUUGACCAGUUGGCCAUUGCCGAGUGUCUACAGCAGGCCGGUCUGGAGCACAAUCGGGUACAGACGGGAAUACCAUACUCGCUGAACCAGUCCGACAUGUCGGCCCAUCGGCACUCAUGGGUUGAUACCAGUAAGUAUGGUGCAGCCCGUAACAGUAUCGUGGAAUCCAACUACAACGACAUCGAAUCAGUCAGUAGCUCCCCGGGCGUCCAGAAACGAUCUCUCGCUUCCGAUUUCAAUUUCGAAUCGAUGAAACGGGUCCUGGCGGAACCGACCGAGGCUGCGAAACGGGAGGCAAACGAGCGGCAAGCUGCCAUCGGGCGAACCUUCCGCGAGACGCCAUUCGAAGAUUUGGUUCGCCGCACUGAACCCCAGCACGAGGUGAUUCAGAACAGGCUGAACGAAAUUUUCAAUUCGCUGGCAGCCGAACGGCAGAUUAGCUGCGGUAACCAGUUGAUGAUGAGCUCGCCGGGAUCGGUGGUUGAUGGGGGAAAAGUUAGUCAGCAGCGCGCGAUCUAUGAGAAUAAUUUUCCGGAAUUGUUUUUCUAUUAAAAAUGUUAGGUAUUUGGUGAAAUUGUUUAUUUCUUGAGCGUUUUUUCAAAACGUCAUAUCUGCAAUGAGUUACUCUCUGUUUAUACUUUCUCUUUCGAUUUUUACGGCGUCACAAUAACACUUUUCACUUAUUUUACAGUACAGAUCGAAAGACGGUGGUUUUAGCUAGCAUAUUAUGCAAAGAGCUGAGGGAUAAAUGUUAAAGUGACCGAAUUAUUAACAGAAGAGAAAGUAAACAAAGAGAGUAACUCAUUGCAGAUAUGACGUUUUGAAAAAACGCUCAAGAUUUAUGUUUUUAUGUGGUGUUUUAUUAUUGAUAGCUAGUCGGAAAAAGCGUUUAAAUAGAGGCAUGUAUCAAAAGGAACAAGGUAUACCAUACGUUUGGCAUACAUUGUAACGAAAUUUCCUAGUUUGUGGAAAGUUGACAAUGGUCAGUUGUUCAAUUGACGCUAAAUUGUUACUAGUGAUUGUGUUAGAAUAUUCAUCAAUAAAGUAUUAAUAUUUACGAAUA